CCAUUGAAAAUUUUUUGGAGGAUUUUAGAUGCACAAAUCAAAGAAAUUCAACAUUAUGGACAGACCACGGAACAAAAACAUAAGAAGAUUGUGGGAACGAUUAUUAUUUAUGGAGUUGUCCUUUACAUUAUGACAGCAUUCAUCUUUUAUUUUUGUUUCUUCCCAGCUUCAUUAUAUGAUCAAAUAUUUUAUAUAACACCAUUAUUAUUUUUUCCAAUUUUAAUACUUUUAACAAAGAAAAUGGUUUCAUGGUAUUAUAAUCGUAAAAUAACUCACAACCAAGAAAAAUUAUCUACGAUUAUUGCAGAGAAGAAAAAGAUAUUAAAUGAAGUUACGGAAACAGAAACAUAUAAAAAAGCUAAAGAAAUAUUAUUAAAGUUUGCACCAGAUGAAUUAACUAUGACACCAUUAACUCCAAAGCUUACUCAAAGAGUACCGGCGCCAUCUGAUACACCUCGGCGUUCUACACCACAGGCCGUAAUAUCUCCUCUGCUUGGUGCCACAGAAUUAAGAAGAAGAAUUAUACCGACUCAGAAUCAAUCACAAAAUAUACAAAUGGGUGUAUCUGCUCCUGGUGUAACGUCACCUACCAUUAAACAGAUUAAUCAGCCUUCAAAUACUCCUUUCCAGUCUAGAGUAAUUAAUCUUGCACCUGUAGGUUUCCGAUCACCAUUACCACGGCCUGUGUUGCCGCAACAAAGAACAGUGAUUGAUCGUUUGGUUGAUUACUUAGUAGGUGAUGGUCCUUCAAAUCGCUAUGCUUUAAUUUGUCGGCAAUGCGAAUCACACAAUGGAAUGGCUUUGAAAGAAGAGUUUGAAUAUUUCGCGUUCAGAUGUUGUUACUGUGGUUUCUGGAAUCCCGCGAGAAAACAAAAACCUUCUGCUCCAAAAUUAGAUUUUGAUAAUCCUGCUACAGCUUUGAAUACAUCCGAAGCUAAUCUACCUCAUAAAGAUGAAGAGACAAUAAAACUUACGGAACUGGAAACCUGCACGCAAUCAGAUACAGACUCAGACAUUGAAGUAGUUGAAAGACCAGGCGAAACAUCUGACACUCCUGAAUCAGAAAUUAAGGAAUUAUUAGAUGAAAAUGAAUCUGAUAAGAUACAAUCGUAGCACUUAUAACUUUUUCAUUUGAAUAAAUAGUCUGAAGGCGAAAAAGAAUUUAUGAAUCAGAAUUUCAAAUAAGUUUAAAAUCUGAUAAAAAAGAAUAUGAAUAAACGAAAACAAAAACAUAAACGCAUGAAAUAAAACAAAUUUAUAAAAUACGUUGACUUUCUUAACACAUGAUGAAUUUAAAAUACUUUAGAUUAUAGAUGUAAUUGUCAAUUGAAAAGUUGCUAUAAUUUAGGGAUAACAGAUAUAUGAUUGUUGGUAAUAUACAUAAUAAAAUCUAUAGACUUUUUCCAAAGUUUUGGUUAUACAGCAUUUGUAAGAAAAUUUGUAAAAAAAUGUUAUCAGGUUAUCUAUGGUUAUAUAUAAACAAUCAUUCCAAAUCUUUGUUUGCCUAGUAUUAAUGUAUAAUGGAAGGCAAUAAGGUUGAAAUAAGAGCAAAAAAUUGUCCAAUUUUUUUCGAAUAUCUUAGAUUUCAUAGAAAUAUUUAUAUUAUAUGAAAUAUUUAUGUGAAAUCACGUUUUAUUUUUAUAUGAUUCUUGAGGCACAAUUAAUCGAAUGCAAAAUACUUGAACAUUAUGCAUGCAAAGAAUUACGCAUUCACAUCAAUUAAUAUAGUGUAUUUUUUUAUAAGACUGCCUAUUUUAUCUGCAGUGGCAGAUCAUUAUUUAUUAGGCCAGAAAUUUUUUGAAAAGCUUGAUAUUUCAUAUAUUUUAAGCUCAAUUGAUUACGUCUUUUAUCUGGAUAUUAUAGUUAUAUAUAUAUUGCUUUACUUAAAAAAAUUAAUUUAUGCGUAUUAAUUAUUUAACUAAUAAUUUAGAUAUAAGGCUAUUAAACAUGAGUUUUGUUACGUUAAUGAAGUGUCUGAAAAGAAAAGGAAUGAGAUGCAUUUUAUAACAGCAUCUUGUUGCAAUAAAAAUCAUCUAACACGCAGAUAAUUUCUAGAUUAAAUAGUAUCAUGAUAAUAGAAAUCUGAGAAUGCACUCUAGAUCAUAUUACUUGAUUACAAUUUGCUGUGAUUUUAGAUAGGCUAAUAAAACUCAUGUAAUCAACUCGAAUUCGACUUUAACGCAAUCGUAAAUUGUAAAACUAUGAAUGUGAUUGUUUUUCAUUAUAUUGUAUGUACUUUUUUCUUCCUACUUGUCAUUUUUGAAUGUUAUUUAAAAACUUAUUUAAAAAUUUUGAUGUAAAUUUUAGCGUGGCGAAUUUGUAUGUAGAAGAGAUAUGUAAACAAUUUGAAGAAAAAAAUCUUGCUAUAAUGCAAUUUUAAACAUAA